AUGCUUGCUCUCAAGGACAGUUGCAUUCACCCCACCUCACAACAACCCUAUAUCAAAUCGGCGUCUGGCGGGAAGGAUAACUCUCCCGAAGGCUUGCAGAAUGGAAUUACACAUGCAUUUGUCUUAGAGUUUACAUGUGCCGCAGAUCGAGACUAUUAUAUCCAAAGCGAUCCGUCUCAUCUGGCCUUCGUUAGAACUCUUGAUGGGCUCAUUGAGAAAGCACAAGUCAUUGACUUCACCAAUAGAGUUUUCUGA